UCAUUGUGCCAAUAGGCAAUGCCAGUGGGCUCACAAUGCGCACAAAGAUUGUAUGUAAAGAGGAUAGAUUGCUCGCGGCUGCACCUUCUGCUGGUGUUGCAGCUGCUCCUGCUGCUGCUGCUGCUGCUCGGGAGGCCGAUACCCGUCCAAUCCGCCAACGACAACUGCACCUUCAUCGACGGAUACGUCCUGCAAUACCUCUGCCAGGGCAGAUUCGACAGAGAAAUGCGUCUGAUGUACAAGGACCGCAUCCCGUCCAUGGACGCCCCCUACACCAUCUGGCAGCGUUCGGACACCAUUAGUCCCGUCUACUUGCUGGUCGCCUUCUACAACUCGCCCAUAUCCAGCUGCUUCACCCUCGUGAUGGACGGCGGCAAGUUCUACUGUGACGGCCAGAACUACGUUAUGAAACUGCAUACGUCCGCGGAGGUGCACUGCCUCGCCUUCCCCUUCGACUACGCCGAAAUGCUGUACGAGAGCUGCAUGAAGGAAGAAUACCCGUCGGACACGGAGCCCAUUGCCGUUGCCAUCAUCUAUAUGAAGAACAACAUUAUCAAGAUCAUCGAUUCGGUGCCAGAUCUGAAGGCCUCUGCUGUCCUUGUGCUUUUUUCGGCGUUGGGUUGCUGGACCUCUCCAUUUUGGUACUUUUAGACGAAUUAUUAAAUGAAAUCUACACGAU